CUCCCUUUUCUUGUUCAGCAUGAAGCCGUAUGUGCCCUCACCCCCCGAUGAAACCCUAAUUUCUCCAAUUGAAUCAGCGUACAACUUCUUAGAGCGCGAAAUCCUCACACAUCACAAGGUACUUACAUUGGAAGCUGGAUCCUUAUCCAUGAGUGUUAAGCCCAGCUGAAAAGUUAGUCCCCCUUGAAAAGAACAAUGGAGGCUACAACCAACACUUCUGCCCACCAUUUUCUUCUCCCUUCAAGUCAUCAUCUGAAAAAACAAGCAAUCAAUAUAACAGCAAAAGCAUCAUCAUCGCCUUAUGAGAAGAAGGAUAAGAUCGAAAUAAGAGUAUGUACGAACAGGACAUGCAGAAAGCAAGGUUCUUUGGAAGUUUUGCAGGUACUUUCUGGUAUUGCUCCCCCAUUCGUUACGGUGAACUCCUGCGGUUGCCUUGGGCGUUGUGGGUCGGGUCCGAAUAUCGUAAUAUUGCCGGAGGCGGUUUUUGUCGCGCAUUGUGGAACCCCCACUAAGGCGGCUACUACGAUGUCGAUCGCCUGCGGCGUUGAUGAUGAUGGCGAUGUGGGGAGUAGUGGAAAGAAGUGUUUGGAGGCGUUGGCCUUGAGGAAAAGAGCUGAAGAAGAGACAGGCCGAGGUGAUUUUGCUCAGGCUUAUAGUUUACUUUCACAGGCCAUAGAUCUGAAGCCAUUUGGCGGACUCCAUAUAAUGUACAAAGACAGGUCCGCAGCAAGGUUGGCAAUGGGAGACAUAAAUGGAGCGCUUAAGGAUGCUAAAGAAGCUAUGACUCUUGCGCCUCAAUACCCCGAGGCUUAUAUUUGCAAAGGUGAUGUUUUAAUGGCUAUGGAUCAUUGUGACGUAGCUGAGGAGUGCUAUUUAAUUGCUUUAGAUUUGGACCCCUCCAUUCGGCGUUCAAAAUCAUUCAAGGCUAAAAUGGCAAAGCUUCAAGAGAAGCUAGCUCCUGCAAAUUUGGAUUGAACUGGGCUCCGAUUUGAGCAGGGCAGUAGAAUGAGCAUAUAUGGGUGUGUUUUCCCACCAGUAAUCUGUGGAGUACUGGCUCAUCAUCUCAAACUGUGAAGUUAGCACCUACUGUGGUCAGGUAUUGGCUAGUGGUAAUGGUGGGAGGAGCAUGAUUCUGAUCAAGAUGGUCGAACCAUGACAUUGCUGUUUGCAGAAGUCAAACUUAAUGUGAUCAGUGUCUGAAAGUAUUAGAUGUCCAUAUAUGCAGUUGUGUUCCCUGUAAAUAUGUUUUAUGUAUAUUAUCAUAUAGGUCCAAUGUUGGGUUAUCAUAAAAAUCUGCUGUUAUGUUUGUCAUUGAAAUGGGAAGCAUGACAUAUAAGGUUUGAUUGCCUAGGAUCUUCGAGGUUGACAAGUUACUGAUGAUAGAUUUUGUGAUAGGAAAUAUCAUGAAAGAAUCCUAUGUACCGAACCAAUAAAGAUUUCUUAAUGAACAAAUUCUACCUGUGUAAGCAA